CAUUAUGAUGUUGAUAAUCCUGUAAGGUGGUAAUUGUUUUUCUUAUAAGCAUUACUAUAGAUCUCCAUUAUCAUAACUGUAGGUCUAGUUAAACUCCAAACUUCAUACUGAAAGCUUAUUUUAUGGUUGUUCAGGAGCCCUACUAAAUCAAGCCGAAAGCCACAGAAACGACAUUUUAUCUGCGAAGAUGAUGAUGAUGAUUCCAGUGAUUUUCAGCCCUCUCCGUCAGUAAGAAGAAAACUGGCUCAUUCAUUUUGGGACACAACAGUUACAAGCACUGUCAAGGAUUCUGCAAAAGCUGAGGAUGGUGUGGGGAUCACAGGGAUUUCAAGGCUUGAUCAAACAGUUGGCGGUAGUAAGCUUGAUAAGACAGAUCAGUGUAGAACUGGCACUGACAGAUCCAGUGACAAAAGCAGCACUCCAUUUGACAUAGACCAGGAAAUAAACCUUGAACAUAUGCAUGGAUGUGAGAAACCAGUUUGGGCCAGUACAGAAGAGGAACAAUUGGAAUGGGCAUUGGCAGAAAGUGCCAAGUCAGCCAAAAAAGAAUCAAGAGCAAAAUUGAAAGAGCGUCAAGAAAUGAACAAAAAUGAAACAGAGUGCUCAGGAAAAUUGAAAGCUUUGAAAGAAGAUACUACAUGUAAUUUUGAAGAUGAGGAUUUCAAUCUCGCAAGUGACGUUUCCGAUGAAGAUUUAGUGAAUGCUGCUCAAGAGAGUGAACCAGAUGAAGCUAAUGGAUUAAAAGGAGGAGGUCCAAUAUCGGCAACAGAGAACAUUUCCGACGACCUUGACAUCAGCAUUUUACAUGACACAAGUAGUGACAGAAACUCUAGUAUCGAUUCCAGCAUGGAAAAGAGUGCAAGCAAGGGAACUGUUCUUAAAAACAGUCCCAUACUGUUUGUUAAACAACCCAAUGGUAAUCUUACGCGAAAACGAAAACCACAAGACAAAAUUAAUACAAACAAAACACCAACACUAGGAAAGUUUGAUGGUAAUCUUUUUGAGGACAGUGUUAAGGAGAACAAGAGUUCUUUAAACAAUUUGAGUGCUAAAGAGAGGCCUAGGAGCAGCUUGUACAGUACUGCUUUUAGAGAUGAGGAUAUGGUGAAAGCAAUCAACAUGAGUCUUCAAGACCAGAGGAAGUCUACAGAUGAAGAUGAUGAACUCAAGAGAGUUUUACAGCUAAGCUUACAGGAGUUUGAAGAGCAAGGUUUUGCAACAGACCAGCCUGAAUCACCAGCGGCAAUGGAUACAGAGAAUUUAACAGAUUCAAAUUUUCAGGAUGACGAGGGAGAGCUUUCGACACAUUCAUACAGACUGGUUAGCAUUGUCAGCCAUCUUGGUACUAGAUCUACUUCAGGACACUAUAUUUCUGAUGUUUUUGAUUGCAAAACUAAACAGUGGACAAGUUAUGAUGACUCUACAGCAACAAAGAUUUCAGAACAUGGUGUCCGGUACAAACGACAACAUAGUGGAUACAUUUUCUUUUAUUUGUACAAGCAAUGUGUAGAUGCUAUUGAAAAUGCAAGCCCAUGCAAGGAAAAUUCACAGAGAUAAUAAAAUUCAAAAGUAAUAGCAGACAAUGUAAAAUAUUUGUCAAGUGUAACAGAUUGGAACUAGGAAAUGUGAGGGGCAAUUCUUGUACAUUUUUGGGACCACCUUGACUGGUUCAUAGCAACAGCAUUUAAAAGUGAUAAUUUGUGACCCUGAUGUGAAUGGCGGCCAUUCAUGGAAUACAUCGUAUGUUAAUGUUAAAUUUAAUGUUAUAUAAAGAAUUGAAACUUUAUUUUGUAUGUAGGGAACGAGGAAAUUUUUUGAAAAUUGAAAUAAUUCUUUGACAGACACUCACAGUUCAGGUAGAGUUGUUCAUCCACAUUAACAUCCAACUUAGUUUCGAGGAUCAUUUUGCACACAAGUCAACAAAGGGUUGUAACGUGGGCAGUGGGACUCCCAUGUCAGAAGAUGGUGGUGCUUGUCUGAAAUUUUGAAAAGAACCCCUAAGAGGUGCCAAGAUCCUGGUUUGUAGGCGUGGCUGGAAAUGUUUUUCACCCUAAAGAGGUACCAACUCUAAAACAUCAAAUUAUUCCUGUCAUAUUGUUUUCGGCUCAGUAUCCUAACAGGCACUGCAAAAGCUCCUGCUGUGGACCUUUUGAGGCUGAACACCCACAGAGAUACCAAAACCUUGUUUUUAAAAAAAAGGUCUGAAGAAAAAGGUAUGAUUAGCACCCCCAUCCUAUUUAUAUUGGAGUCUUCCCCGGGGUUGUAACAUGUACAAAGUGCUUCAAGUUUCACAGACUCCUUGCUAUUAUUAAACCAUAUUUGAUUAAAAAAAAAAAAUUGCUGCAAACACAUUGUUGUAAAUGUUUUUAUCAGCCAAUAAAUCUGUACCAAGACAUUAUUUAUUAAUUUUGCUUUAACUUUUCAAGAUGCGAAUGUGAGACUCCUUAGUUAGAUAUAAAUAACAGAGGUUACAAAAAAAAAUAUUAGAAAAAUUAUGGAUCAUUGACUUAAAAUCUGGGGUUUUGAAAUUAUACCCAUGUCAGUUAAAACAUUUUGAAGAAUGUAAUUUUAGUAAAACACAAUUGCUGGAUAUGUUUGUUGUUUUGGAUCUUUUUGCUGGUGUAUUGGGUCUCAUUGUUCAAAGUACAAUAAUUAAAGAUUACCUGGUUUACAAUAACACACUGUACCUUAUAAAUUAUCAAUAUCUUAACUCUUUGGUUGUUUCCUGUAUAUUUAUUUAUUAGUCAAAGACCCACAUUUCACCCUUGCUCACCAGAGAUUCCAGUAGCUCAGUGGUUAGAGCAUCCGGCUAGAUCACGGAGGGUUGUGGGUUCAAAUCUCAUCUGGAACUUGGAAUUUUUUUGCGAGUCGAUGUGAUUUCUACAUUCAGUAUUCCUUAUAAUUAUUUUUUUCCCUUAUUAAAGAGUUCAGUAAAAAAAAAGGAGCAAGGAUAUUUAUCACAAUCUCAGUUAAUGGGGAACACAGAUUGUUUAGCAAAAGUUUGAGGUCAAGUGAUUAAAUAUUAUUUUAUGUGCUGUCAACGGAAAGGUAAAUUUUCAAGGAGGUUGGGGAUUAAAUGAAAGGAUUUUCAUGUAACAAACUGAUGAUCAUUAAAGGAGCUACGUCACAGUUUCUGCAACUUGAA